GCGGUAAACAGUUGCCAGGCGACUUAUCGGGGACACGCCGCAUCCGGCUUUUUGUUUGACGUUGCAUCCGGAUAAAAUGAAGCUAAUGUUGCCCAAAUUGCAAAAUGUUUUAAUUAAUUGCUAGUAGCUUUAGGAUUGUUUGACAUGUUUGGCUCAUUUGGUCGAUGCAAGGAAGAGUAAGCUACCGUGUUGUGGCGACUUUAUUCCCCCUCGUCGUGUCUGCCCGGCCACGUAUUUAGUUUGAUACGGCAGGAGCAGCUCAUUGUUAGCCUGGCUGUAGGUUAGCCAUGCUCUCACACUCCGCUUUCACUUGUCUUCUGGGUUGUGGCUGGCUUGCCAAACAUUUCCCCGCAGUGUUAACGUGUUUGUGUUUUCUUCCCUGUGCUUUAACGGUUAUUUGAACUUUAACUUUUUGUCACAUCCCGUGUAACAAUUGAAACUGCACCUCUUUUUGUUUUAAAGCGCAGAAUUGGCUGUUAGCAAGCCAGCCGGCUAACUUUGAGGAAACGUCUCAUCGCUUGGCGACUUCUUUAAUUUGGUGUUGACGUUUCCUUGACCUGUGCGUUAACCUCGUCAAUCAAGAAAGGGCUCUUCGCUAACGUUUUACACCACUGAGUCGAGAGCCGAAGCUUUACUUUUUUUUGGUUUGUGGUUUCGUUUGACUGCCACGAUGGCUUCUUCCUCUGGAAACGACGACGACCUCACCAUCCCCAGAGCAGCUAUCAACAAAAUGAUUAAAGAAACUCUCCCAAACGUACGAGUGGCCAACGACGCCCGGGAGCUGGUGGUUAACUGCUGCACAGAGUUCAUACACCUCAUAUCCUCGGAGGCCAAUGAAAUAUGCAACAAGUCCGACAAGAAGACCAUAUCUCCUGAGCAUGUCAUAAAUGCCCUUGAGAGUCUUGGUUUCGCAUCAUAUAUCACGGAGGUGAAAGAUGUCCUGCAGGAGUGUAAAACUGUGGCUCUGAAGAGGAGGAAGGCCAGCUCUCGACUGGAGAACCUUGGUAUCCCAGAGGAAGAGCUCCUCAGACAACAACAGGAAUUGUUUGCCAAGGCGCGGCAGCAGCAGGCAGAGCUCGCCCAGCAGGAGUGGUUGCAGAUGCAGCAGGCCGCCCAACAGGCACAGAUGGCAGCAGCAUCUGCCAGCGCCGCACAGCAGGCCGGUUCCUCUCAGGAUGAAGACGAGGAGGAUGACAUGUGAUCCCAGGACGGCGUUCAACUUGUCCGAAAUCCCUUCCUGGGACAGUGUCGGCACACAAAUCUCCCAGUACUGUCAUUGACACAGACAUGAGACACGUGUGACGGCUGGGAUACAUCAGUGAAAGAUGGGAAAUGCACAUUGGAACGGACAGUGAAGAGAAAGCUGAAGGGGGAUUUCAAGAUAGCCUCAGACACCAGUACCUGAAAAUGAUUUGGAUCGAGAGGCUGUUAAUGAAGUUUUCGAUUAAUCUCAUUCCCCCCCCUUUUUUCCAGUUGCUUCUGUUUAAUUAUGUCUUGAUAUUCUGUUGUGAGUAAUUUGUAGAUUUCUGGACGUGUUAUGGACACACUGAAGGCAAACGUCGCCUGAGAUAUGUCAGUGAUUUUUGGUGAUAAAGCAGCAAGUGUUCAAUUCUUGUGGUACUGCCCCAGAUUAGCUUACUUAUGUUAUCCGUUGUACUAGAUCACUUUUUGUGGUUUAGGAGACCUGCUCUAGAAUGAUUUCAGAGCAGCUGAUUCAUCCUUUCUUGUGGUUUCAUGGUCAUUUUUACAGUAAGGGUUUUCUUUUACCCCCCUCUUGGUAUAUUUGUUCAACAGAGGAUCUUUUCAGGGGGUUGUGAAUAAUGGAAUUGUUUUUGUUCAGUAGAGAAAUAAACUGACAUUUUGUUUCAUUUUAGCUCACUCAGAUACUUUAUGUUGCAUCAUUUUUCUUACCUUAAACCACCCACAGUAUUGGUAAUUAGCUACACCUUUCAGAAGCAGAAUAUUUUGUCUCAUAGAACCAAAGAUAGAGGACAGACUAACAGCCCAGAGUUAGUGUUUUUUAAAGGUGUAGGUGCUACUGUGAUUCUCGUUGCUGACUCCAAGUCAGUGUUAAAGAUUAUUAACCUAUGACUUUGUAAGAUGCUUUGAUAUCCAGGCUGAAUUUGUUAUUUCCCCCCUCUCCUCGGGUGCAGUAUCAAACAUUUGCAUUGUGACUGUGGUAAAUCCUCAGUGUAAAGACAAGUAACCUAGUUGUGAUACACAUUCACUCGCCUAUAUUACAAAGUUGUAUUCUUUAAGCAAUAAAGGAAUCAUGUUUUAUAGACAA